AUGACUGCGCUGUCAUUGGUGCAGCAUUCCGUGGAAUCCUCUCCAAGCCGCCCAGCACUGCGUUUCCUGACAGCAGAGCGAACGACAGGAUGCCUCACAUACCAGCAGGUGUGGCAGUUGAGCGGGCUGAUCGCGCAGCGCCUGUCAGGGUCUGUUUUAGGUGUUGCCAUUGACGAUGGCCCAUACCUGGCUCUGGCAGAGCUUGCUGGGUGGAGAAGAGCCAUGGUGCUGGUGCCGCUGGACCCGCAUGAUCCUGUGUCCCGGCUCUGCCACGUGGCGAAGGAGUCUCAAGCAAGUUGCCUGGUGGCUAAAGAUUGGGGCGAUGCAAAGAAGCUCGCGGAGGUCGGUCAAGUCUUGGACCUGAGCACGGAAGUUCCGUUGAGCUGCACGGGACACCCUACUGAGAUGGAGGUAUCACUUGAAUCGUCUUCUCCAGCCUACAUGUGGUUCACGAGUGGCUCGACUGGCCAGCCGAAGGGAGUUCUGAUCUCGCACCAGGCAUUUCAAAACUGGUGCAUGGUAAAGAACACACCGCAAUCCAUUUCCGCGUCUAGUGUGGUCCUCAUAGCUUCCGCAUCUACCUUCGACCCAUCUAUCGGUGACAUCUUUGCCACCUGGGCCGUUGGGGGCACGGUAGCUAUGGCGCCGCGGAUGCUCUUCUUCGCUAGCCUGGGCUGGGCGAUACAGCACCUGGAGGUGACGCAUCUCACAUGCACGCCAUCUCUUUGGCAGUCGCUGGAGCUACUCAAUCGCAAGUACCCAAAGGGUUGGAUGGCAUUUGGUCGUAAACGCUGGCGCGCCCACGCCCAAGACCUGAGACCUGCAGCUAACAGGCAGCACGGGCUUACGCAGGGUGCAGUGGUGAUUGAUGGCUGUCAAAAAGUUGGACAGUUUGAGAUUGGUUGGCCGGGUGUUGAUGAUUGCAGAGUGGGCUGGACACCUAGCACCGUUUGGCAGACACUUCGCCGCAUGUUGUCUGGAGAUCGUGCCACCUUGGUGGGGCGCCCGUACCCGGGCAACGAGGUGCUGAUCCUUGAAAGGGACGGCACCUCUCGGCAGAAGGAUGAAGAAGUUGGUGAGAUUGUUCAGGGCGGCGUGCAGGUGGGAAUCGGAUACCACAGACGACCCGAGCUAACUGCUACCAAGUUUGUGGAGCUUCCCGGUCUGCUUGGGAGAUGGUACCGAACGGGCGAUGGUGGUCGCAUCGUGGAUGGAGAGUUGGAGGUUGUGGGGAGAUUCGACAACCAGGUGAAGAUCCGCGGUAUGCGAGUAGAGCUGGGUGAGAUUGAAUCGGCAGUCGUGCAGACAUCAUCUGGUUUGGUUGCAAACUGCGCUGUCAAGCUUCGGGACAGCUUUUUGGUGGCCUACUGCCAGGUGUCUGCAGAUGCAGCUGUGAUGAUGCAUGAGCCAUACUGUGUUCUGCCAGUGGUGAGCGACUUCCUGCUACAGCGCUCGAGCACAGAAUUGCCGCGGCAUAUGCUUCCCAGCAGCUUUGUGCUGAUGCAACUGCUCCCUCUCACAGCCAAUGGGAAAGUGGAUUCCAAAGCACUCCCCGAGAGCGUGGAUGUUGCACCCUCGUCAUCUUCGUCUCUAACGUCUUUGGAGCGCGUGGUCGCCAGCGUGUGGGAGGACGUGUUGAAGCGCAAGGGCGUGGGCCCAAAUGACCAUUUCCUGGCUCUCGGAGGGCACUCCAUGUCUGUGCUUCAGGUCUCGAGGCGGUUGCUUGCCUUGGCUGCCGGCGCUGGACAGGAUGUGAGCCCGGCGAGCCAUCUGGGCAUCUUACUGUCCCCGGAGAAGCUGAUUCAUUCACCCCGACUGCGAAUCUACUGUCAGAUGCUGGCACGGGGAGGUGUCCGUUUCCCGGGAUAUGCCCCUGCAGUCGAGGAGAAGAUCAGCGAGGAGGAUGUUGCGGAGCUUCGCAUAAACUAUGUGAAGCACAAGGUUCCAGAAACAAAGCUUGAGCAGCUGCUCUGCGCCUGGCCUGCACUGUCCUUUACCAUUUUGGACGGGCCGUCAUGGGCAACCACAUAUGUUGUGCUGAAGAGCUUCUCAGAUGCCGCGCGGAAGGGCCGGUGCUGUCGUAACGUCAGAGCCCAGGCCCACGGUACGCCGACGCUUCUGAAAGCUGCGGAACGCUGUGGCCAGCGAAUGAUAGAGCUGCUUCUUGAGGACUCCAAGUACCCCAUUGCCAAAGCUGACAUCGAAGCUACAGACACCAGUAGCCGGAGCACAGCGCUCCAUGCUGCUGCAAAAGCGGGCAAUCCUGCGACAGCCCAGGCAUUACUGAGAGGAAAAGCUGGCAUGGACUGGCUGGAUCGUUGGAAUCGGACCCCUUUGCACUGGGCGAUCUUCCACGGCCACGCUGACGUGUGUGAGGCUUUGGUGGCAGCUGGAGCGCGAACCUCUGGCACACUGGGAGAGCACGCCGGCCGUAUUUUCAUUGCUCCGGCGGCUUGUGGAAAUCUACCACACAGGGUGUUGAAGCAAGCCGCCUCCUUCGUGACACCAGAUGCGCUGGCAAAGGAGCGGUUUCCUGACGGCGGGCCGAUUCGCAGUCUGCUUGCUAAGGCUGCUGAGGUUUCAAGUUGA